AAAAUAAGACAGUGAGAUUCAGAGAAAGAUGGUACCGGAGAGGCAGCACGGCGGUGGCGCACCCCAUGGAGUAAUACUGGCGGUAGUGGUGGCCAUAGUGAUAUUGGGUCCGUUCAUGUUCGGCGACCAAGGCGAGGCCAUAACAGAGGCGAUUUCUGAGUUUUUGAGCCCCCUGGGUCUCGUACUCCUUCCCAUUGUCCUCCUCCUCAUCAUCCAGUUCCUCUCCUCGGAUCGCGGCUCCUUCGUCUCCAACAUUUUCUCCACCGGCGAACCGGACUCCAUUCACCGGGUCAGCGGGUCACCAGUCGGAGUCGCACUGUUUCUUGCUCUGAUCUUGUUUUUGCUUUACUAUCGGUUGUCCAUCUUCGGCGGCGGCGACGAUGACUCCGGCGAUUGAAACUGCUGCUCCGCUUUGCAUGGAUCUCAUUUUCCUUUUCAUGUAUGGCUCUUGAAUUUACGUGAAUACCUCCACGUAGUGGAGUUCAUUUCUUUGUAGAUGCCGAUGCGACCUUUUUUUCUUCAUGGCGAGGUUAACAGUAUUAUGGUCUUAUCAAUUACCAUUUGUAUCGAUGCCGAUGGUCUACUGUAGAUCCGGCCGUGCUGCCGUGACGGGCAGCGCUAGCUGUCGUUUCGCGGCGGCGCGGUGGUGGUUUACCUGUCCCUUUUAGUCGUUCGUGAAUAUUCA